AUGUCUGAUGCUCCGGCCCACCACACGCCCAAUUCCAGCCGCCGCUCCAACUCUCCGGACGAGACGGCCACUGAGGUGCGGAAACGCCGGCGCAUAGCCCUUUCGUGCUACGACUGCCGCCGCCGGAAGCUGCGGUGUGAUCGCGAGUAUCCCGCCUGUGGCCGCUGCCGCAAGGGCGGCCAUGCAGACACUUGCUCCUACGACUCCCGCGCAGAGCCGCCCUCAGGCGUUCGCAAUGGCCACCACCCAGUCCCGGAGAGCGACGAGGACCGAGCCGCCAUCUUAAGUCCGACCAGCUCCAACACCGUCCCUCGAGCCCCGGUCGCCCCCGACGCCGCCCACCACGGCUCCCGGGAGAGCUCGGAUCUGCUCUCUGUGCAACGCAGGAAGAUCUCCGAGCUUGAGAGCCGCCUCGCCCAGCUCGAAGGCAAGGCCAAAGACCCCUACGGCAACGGCCAGGCAAUCCAGCAUGCUGGCGACGAGCUCUUGUGGCCCAAUCCCACCUCUGCCCGCCGCGGCGCCGAGGCCGAGGAGAGCGAGACCAUGCUCCUCCGAGGCAAGGCGUUCAAGACGGCCUACUUCGGCAGGAGUAACAUCACCAGCGUCGUCAUCACACAUUUUCCAGGUCUUCGUUCCUUCAUGCAGGCCACAUUCAAGCAGUACCCCGCUUUGAUGCAGACUCGGCCAGAGAUAAAGGCGAUUCGCGACCGUUGGAAGAAGCACAAGCUGCUAUCCACCCAGACCGUGGACGCUGACGCUCUCCUCCCGCCCAAGGAACACGUCGAUCACCUGGUGCGGCACUACUUUGAUACUCUUGAGACUACCCACAGGAUACUCCAUGCUCCCAGCUUCUGGGAUGAGUACUCCCGUUUUUGGUCCGAUCCGUCUAGACGCCGACCAGAGUUCACUGUGACUGUGCUGGCAGUCCUGUCGACAGUCGUCACUGCAACAUUCGAGCUUCCCACUACCUAUCGCGCAGACCGGCCCGUGCAGGUCGAGAAAGCCGUCGAGUGGGUUGACGCCAUCGAUCGCUGGCUGUCGAUGCAGAGCCGAAAACAUGCCGACCUGAGCCACUAUCAAAUUCGGUGUCUCCUGCUGCAGACCAAAUGCGUCAACUCGAUAAAGUGGAAGGAGAUCUGGGGCUAUUCCAGAGACUUGAUCACCUUCGGAUUGUCUACAGGCUUGCAUCGUGACCCGAACUGGCUGAUCAAAGAGACGAGCAUCUUCGACCAAGAGAUGAGACGUCGUCUUUGGUGGACGAUGCUCGAAUCGGAGCUACAGUGUUCCAUCUACCGCGGUAUGCCAUCGUCGUCGCAUGGUCUUUUCACCGACACGGCGCCGCCGCUGAAUGUGAAUGAUGAGGACAUUGAUAACACAGCCCGAAAGGCGCCCCCAACCCCUUGGCCCAUUCAGGAAUUCACCGCGACGUCAUAUCUCUAUGUUUCGGCGAAGAGCAUGGCGUUACGAGUGGAGAUCAACUCGGCAUUGAACAAUGCAGCAGCACCACUCACUUAUGAAGAAACGAUGGCAUACGCUGAGAAGGUGGUUGUGGAGCUGGAGAGAAUUCCCUCAUGGAGUGGUCGAGAAGAUGCGAAGAUCACGCGCAUGCUUCUCGACAUCCAACUCCGGCAAUUCCUUGUCCUGCUCCAUGAGCCAUUCGCACGAAAGGCAGGGACCGAUUCUCGUUAUACGUACUCGCGCACAGCAUGCUUCGACGCGGCAGCGUCCGUCAUAGAACAACACUUCAAGAUCAUGACGAUGGGCAACAAGACAGUGUUAUUGCCUCUUUGGAACGACACGGCCCGUGCCGCAAUUUCCAUCAUCCACACCGCUUUCAUGUCGAGUUUGUCACAAGACUACCGCUUCUUCCAGAACCAUAAGGUUGCCAUAGCAGAGCUGGUCGAGAAAUCUCUUGUCCUCAUCGAGGAAAAGGCCAGCCGUACCGGCGCAGGCUUUGGUCACAUGGGCCACAUAUCGGCAGCCUACGACUUGCUCAUCACCAAGGUGCAACCUGACGAGAAGGAGAAAGUGCUCAAGCACAACGUGGAGAGAGUUCUGAGGCUGCAUCGGACCAUGAUGACCAAUCAGGAACGUCUUCCUGAACUGUCGGCGGAAGCGGCACAGGCCAUCAAUCAGUCUCUAGGUCCGAUGGGAUACACCACCGCUCCGGGCAUGCCCAACGUCCAGCUACCGUAUGGCAUUCAGAUGCCGCAGCCCGGUUCGGAGCAACCUCCCAUCAUCACAUUUCCUGAAAUUCAAGGCUGGGACCUCAACGAACUGUGGGGUUUUGGCCCUUCCGAUUUGUGA